UGUAUACUGUCAAAAUCUUUACGGGAAAAUAAACAGUUUGCCCAAAUGUCAUUCGCCUCGUAUGCAUUUUGUUUUUCUUUUGUAAAAUAGAAUCAUUAGCUUGUUAAUAAAGAGUGAUGUCGAAUAAAUAGAUAACUGAUCAAUGCCACUUAAAUAUUUUAGCUUUAGUUUAUGUAGAGAUAGUGUUUAAUCUACAGGGGUCCAAAUUGGACGUACUACAGAAAUGGCCGAAACGAGUACAAUGAACUCCGAUAAUAAAGUGGAGCAGAGCGAGCAGAAGGAGGACAUGGAAGGCAUCAAGACGGAGGUGGAAGUGCUGGUGAAGCACGAGCAGCUGGAGUGCGUGGCGUGCGCGACGCGCAGCUUCGAGUGCGUGGACAUCUACUGCACCACGACGAGCGCGUCCGGCGCCAAGCUCAGCACCUUCAUGCACAAGUUCACGCAGGUGGACCUGGCGGGCCUGCAGGCCUGCUCCAAGUUCAUGUGCAAGAGCUGCUACGAGCUCAUCAACGUGCUGGAGCAGGCUGAGAUCGAGUACGUCAAGCUGAAGGAGACGUUCGAAGCCAUCCUCAGCAAGAACCCGCUGUUCGAGGCACAACUGCUGCAGCCCGUCAGGAUGACGGCCGUCAAGGCUGAGUUCGAAGCUGAUGAUGAUGAAGAUUAUGUUUGUGACAACAUGGACAAUGAUGAUUCUGAUGAUGAACCACUGGCAGCUCAGAGGAAACGAAAAAGAUAUAAAGUUGAAAAGAAAAAGAAAAAAGUUUCUACAAACAAACGAAAAGCAAGAAGUAAACCCAACAACGAUAGCUGGAGCUGUGAGGAGUGUGGAGCUAAGGGUACUACGGGAGGAGACCUCAGCUUGGCUGCCCACAAGCUGGCCGUUCACACCAUCGACGAUCCCGCCACCAUGCUGCCUGAAGUUAAGAUUGAGAACUCCGCUGAAGGUUCACAAAGCCCUCUUUACAACAAUGGCUUUGGCAAUGGUCUUAAAGUAGAAAUGGACUUUGAAGACGAUGGCGACAGUUUAGGCGUUGAUGACGUCAGCAAUGACACUUUACCUGUCAAGAAGAAACAUGUGGGCAGACCGAGCAAGGCUAAACUGAUACCCGCACAGACUAGGAAGAAAAAGCCUAAAGUGGUGCAUCAAUGUGAUCAGUGCGAUGCUAAAUACACAUCUUUAUCUCGGCUGGAGCAGCACAAGCAGAAGCACGACGGCUCCAAGCCGCCCUACAUCUGCGAGGUGUGCGGCGCGCACUACAAGCACAAGCGAGCCUGCGACAUACACAUCGCGCUGCACAAAGGUAUUAGUGACUGGAAGUGUGAAGAGUGCAAUAAGUUGUUCCCAUCCAAGAAUGCGCUGCAGAGGCAUAACAACAUACACACCGGCAAGUUAAACUAUCAGUGUGAUCUGUGCGGCAAGUCGUUCAUCCACACGUCGUCGUUCAAGAUGCACAAGCUGUCGCACUCGGGCGUGAAGCCUCACGCCUGCGACGUGUGCGGGCUCGCCCUCAUGACCCGCUCCCACCUCAAGCGCCACAAGCGCGUGCACUCCGGCGAGAAGCGCCACGAGUGCCCCGUCUGCGGCAAGCGCUUCUCCGAGAGGUACAACUUGGCAGCGCACAGCAAGUCUCACGAGGCGGGGUCGGAGGAGCCGGCGGGGGCGGCAGCAGCCCCCCGGCGGCGGCUGUUCCGCUGCGCGUUCUGCCCGGAGCGGUUCGAGCGGCGCUACAUGCUGGAGCGGCACACGGCGGCGGCGCACGGCCGCACGCUGGAGCGCCCGCCGCCCACGCCGCGCAACACCAUGAGCAAGCUGCUCAAGGCGCAGGCGCAGCGCCGCGACCAGCCCAGCAACGGCACAGAAGCCGACACGAAAGACGACCGCAGCUCAGACUCCCGAGCCACCCCCAUCACUCCUCACAAACUCAUCGCACAGUUAACAGCAUCCGCGACGCCGCUGGUGCAGGGCACGUGGAACAGCUCGUACGCGGCGGAGUUCCUGCGCCACGAGUACCCGCACUGACAGCCACCGUGACCACCGCACUGACAGCCGCACUGACAGCCGCACUGACAGCCACACUGACCGCCGCGUGACACACUGACGGCGCUCAUUUGUUACAUAUGCUAUUUAACAACAAUCUUUUGCGGCGAGUAAUUUGUCCCUCCACGAUUCUACAUACUAGUACGUGGCAAAUAUUUUCAUUGUGACAGCCACGAGCGCUAUGAAAGCUGUUACUGAGUGCACUAGUGUGUUGGCACUUCUGUAAAUACUUACUUAUUAUGUCUAGAGAUGAGUCGAAAGUAAUUAGUUAACAGAAACCUUCAGUUUAUGCUGACUGAAUCUCCAUGUAUUAUGUGUUCUGUAUCGUUUAAUUGUUAUAUUAUAUAUUUUCCACAAUAUUGAACAAUUAAAUAAUUUCUUCCAGAUGACACGAACUGCUAACAUGUAUGAAUAUCUAAAUGUAAAUAUAACGUUGACAUAGACAAUUUAAAUUAAUUAUUUUUUAGAUAAGAUAAAGAUAUUUACUUUGACAGAUAUUGUAAAAAAAAUAUUAAUAAUACGUAUUGUUUAGAGAAAAUUGUACUAUAGCGUUAUUGAUAUAUUUUUAUACUAAACUCACCCAUUCAUUAAGUUUAUUUAAAUCCGAGGUAGUACAUUGUACGAAGACCUGAUUUAUUUUAUUUCAAUUAAGCAUUUGUAUUAUAUUUAAUUAAUAUACACUUAAUUAAAA